UACAUAAUUAAUGCAUGUAAUAACACCACAGAAAUUAAACCCUCUGUACUUUUUUAGGUUGAAUUUCCAUUCCAUUUCCACUCUCUCAUUUGUCUGUAGCAAUGGCGAAGAAGCGGAAGAGAGUACCGGAGGUUCUAUGGAGGUUAUUCCACAACCGCGCUCGCACUCUAGCCGAUACCGUCAUCUCUUUGAUUCCACCAUCUCCGCCGCCGGCCGAGUGCCGUUGCGAAGGGCGGCGAUGCCUCGGUUGCAGCGGCCAAGGUUACAUGUCGUUCCUCCUCAGGCCAGACGACCCCUCUGAGUAUCGGAAACUCUUAACUCACUGCUUCGUUGUCGUCUCCGACAAUGCUCCUCCUCUCUCAACUUUCCGUCCCGACUGUCGCUGGUCCCAAGACGAGAUUGUUAAAGGGACUAUCGAAAUGAUAAUGCGCCAGCAUUCCCCUUCAUCAAAUGUCUUAUGCAGUGAUUAUGAUAUGCGUCACCGUUCAAGCCCCACCAUAGAGCUUUUAACUUGUUUAGCAUGGGGCCUUCUCUUAAGAAGGGUUGGGGAUGGAAUCAUGGUGUAUUUGUUGAAGUAUACUUCAAUAUUUUUGCCACUUCCUCGAAAGCAACACUAUCAGGUGGCAGGUUUUCCUAUCAGUGAUUUUUGCUUUAAAUCAAAGCAUAUAUCAAAGCCUAAUUAUCAGCAUUCUUCACUUGUCCUCGGAUCUGGAAAAAAAAGGAAAAGAAUUGAUGAAGUUGACUUAAUGUCAGAGAAAGAGCAAUCCAAUAGUGCCUUUGGUGAUAUUGUUCCCUCAAGUUUAGUUGGUUGUUUUGGUUGUAACAGUACAAGUUAUUCAACUUCAUUCAGCCUCUCAUUUGUCUGUAGCAAUGGCGAAGAAGCGGAAGAGAGUACCGGAGGUUCUAUGGAGGUUAUUCCACAACCGCGCUCGCACUCUAGCCGAUACCGUCAUCUCUUUGAUUCCACCAUCUCCGCCGCCGGCCGAGUGCCGUUGCAAAGGGCGGCGAUGCAUCGGUUGCAGCGGCCAAGAGAUGGAAAGUACCGACCAACUGUUAAUCUUCUCCGCAAGUACCUUGGAGAUUUUAUAAUUGCUUCAUAUUUGGAUGUUGUACAAGAAUCUGGGUAUGAUGAUGCAUAUAUGAAGGAAAUAGAGAGGGCAGUUCUUGUGAAAACUCUAGAUUGUUUCUGGAGGGAUCAUCUUGUCAACAUGAACAGGCUCAGUUCGGCGGUAAAUGUCAGAAGUUUCGGGCACAGGAAUCCACUUGAAGAAUACAAAAUUGAUGGUUGUCGAUUCUUCAUUUCUAUGCUCAGUGCAACUCGAAGGCUAACUGUAGAAUCACUCUUGCGAAUUGCUGUUUUGGAGAGGAUUGUUAUCCCUAGUAGGAGGUUCCUGCAACGAAGGAAUGGAUCAACUAUUGCAAAUUUUCUAGAUUCGGUCUAUCUGCAGAUGCCAUUGCAGUGCUCUUGUUGUUUGGUGCUGCAAACUCUCCAGCGUGUCACCAGAGAAGCUGGGAUUGAUAAGCAAUUCAUGUUCUAUAAAUUGGAAUGUUCUUCAUCAGUUUUUCCAAGAAAACAUGUAUUGAAUUCUUUGAAGCCCAGUUUCUCUUGUGCCAAUGUUCUUUUUAAGGAUAUAUUUGGCUUAUCUGAUGCCACUCUUAGUGUUCUGUCAAAGCCAUGCUUCCAUAGCACUAAUUGCUGUCUCAGUAACAACAAAUGCCUAUAUCACUCACUUGUUAAAUUGCUUAAAAAUCUCAUACACAAUGCUCGGCGUUGCCAACAUUUGAGGUUAUUGGAAAAGCACUGUUCCAUUCUAUCCUCAGAUCAAAAUACUGAACGAAGAGUUUGCUCCAUCUUUGAGGGAAAUAAAUUCCAAACAAAUUCACUUGGGAAACGACAUGCCAAGGUUCUACAGCAAGCAAAGUUACCACUUGAUAAAUGUAGUAGUUUGGAGACCGACCUUGGCAAGAGAACUCCUGAAACAAGUGAUCAUCAGUCUGUGCCAAGUCUAUCUUGUUGUACAAAAAAUCAAGUGGUGUCAUUUAUCUGGGCUGUUUGCAGGAAUAUAGUUCCUCCAGAUCUGCUUGGGACUACUUCUAAUUGGAGAAUUUUGAGGAGGAACAUCUCCAGGUUUGUUCGGCUUCGAAGAUUUGAAAAAUUCUCUUUAAAGCAGUGUAUGCAUAAGUUGAAAACAUCAUUGUUUCCUUUGCUGUCAAAUAAGCACUCUUCAUGCUGCUCGAAUGAUUUUGUGCUAAAGCACACAAAAGUGCAGAGUGCAGAUAUGCCUAGGAAGUGCAGUCAAGUAAACAAUGUUGCUGAUGCUAUGAAACAUCAAAUUGUGGAGAAAUGGAUCUUUUGGUUGUUUUCAUGCCUAGUAGUGCCCUUGGUGCAAGCAAACUUCUAUGUCACGGAAAGUGAGCGUGGGAAACAAGAUGUAUUUUAUUAUCGAAAAUCAAUCUGGAAGAAGGUUAUGAACUUGAAUGAUCAGAUCUAUCGUCCAUUAAAUGAUGCAUCAGUUAGAAACAUUAUAGGAAAAAGGUCAUUUGGGUUUUCAAGGGUUAGACUUCGUCCAAAAGGAAAUGGAGUUAGGGUUCUAGCAAAUCUUAAAGCAUCAUCAAGGAUGCCAGUAAAAGAACACUCUUUGAAAGUUCUAUCCUGUGGGCUGCUGGGUAAGUUAUCUUUGCAUCCAAGACAUGUUAAAUACAACACUUUCAAGUCUGUGAACAAUGUGCUUCGUGAUUUGCAUGCUUUCCUAAAAGGUUUACAGAUGAAAAAACCAGAGAAGCUAGGCUCAUCAGUAUUCGAUUACGAUGAUGUUUACAGAAAGUUAUGCCCUUUCUUAUCAGUUUUGAAGAAUGGGUCAACCACUGUACCUUCUGUAUUCAUUGUUGUCUGUGACGUGUCUAAAGCAUUUGAUUCUGUUAAUCAGGAUAAGUUGCUCAGUGUAAUGAAGGAUGUUAUAGAGAAUGAUGAAUGUCUUUUAAAGCUGUCUCAUCAAGUUGUCUGCACGAAGAAAUCUUUAUGGGUUCGUCAGAACAUAAUCCUAGCAGACCAAGAUAUCAGCAUUGGGUCUACUAAAUUUACUUCUGCUUCUUACCAUUCAUUGCAUGGCAUUCUUGUCAAUCAGAUUCGAUGGUGUGGCUUGUUUAUCAAUUGCUGCACUUUAGAAGUUCAGGCAGACUACACAAGGUAUCUGAAUUUCCAUUUAAGUUCAACUCUUACUGUCUGCUGGCAAGGCAAACCAGGUCGUCAUUUGAAGGCAAAGUUGUGUGAUUAUCUGCGGCCUAAAUGCCAUCCCAUAUUCUACGAUUCUAAUAUCAAUUCAGCAGUUGUUGUGAGAUUAAACAUCUAUCAGGCUUUUCUGCUAUGUGGAAUGAAGUUCCAUUGCUAUGUCUAUGACUUGUCUGAUAUUUGCAGACUCAACACGAAAUCAUAUAUAGGCAUUAUUGAAGGGUCUUUGAGGUAUAUGCGCAAGCUCAUAAAGAAAAGGAUGCAUUCUAUGAAUGUUGAUUCGACUUUCCGCCCUAUUUUUCAAGUGGAGAAGGGAGAAGUUGAAUGGCUUGGACUUGUGGCUUACAUCCAAGUAUUGAAGAGAAAACAAUCACAGUACAAGGGAUUGUUGUCUUUGUUGAGGUCUAGAUUGAUAGCGCAAGAGAAGGCAAAAUGUGUUUCUUCUAUUCUGAAAGCUGCAGUUGACGAUUCACGUUCCUCUGUGAUGUGGAAAAUCAUGUACUAGAUCUAGAGACGGAUAAAGUAGUUGUGUUGAUUGACUUAUGUUUCACUCUGAAUGAAGAAACUUGUAGUUUUGAGCAUUUCCUUGGUUGUCUGCCUUUUGAUUACCUUUUUCCUCUUCUAUUUCAAAGAUUGAUGCUACAAUGCUUGAACUAAAUGUUAGAUGAUCUAAGGGGAAAAUUAAUCAUUUUGUAUUAACAAUUUCCAAUCAUGUUCCUUGUGAAACCUAUCAUUCAUAUGA